AUGCACCCGUUCCCAAAAGCAUCGGGGUCCAUAAAAUGGAUCCGCUCAUGGCUGAUCUGUGAUUUGCAUGGGCUCCUGGGACUCGCGAAAGACGGAGUUGGGCUUCACUCAAGGAAAAAUAAGGAGAUUAUAUUGGUUUUUCGCGGAACAACUGAUGACUAUCACAAUCACAUCGAUGCCAAGACGUGCUUCGGCAAAUUUUCCGCAUCAUGGCGUUAUGAGAGUUACAGGGAUCUGUUUCAAACGAUUGGAAUUCGAUAUACGAGUCAUCCUCAUACCUUCUCCGGACGA